GGACUUUGUCAUGCGCCGGAAAAUGGUUUGUUUAGAUUUAGUGUUUUUGACAGACACGUUUUUGAUUGGAAAUAGGUCAGUUUGACAUAUGAGGUUAAGAGACUUCAGCAGAAAUGAGACGAGUUACACAUAAUGACCGAUACCACAGCAGUCCUCAUAUGAAGAGAUUUGUAAGCGCUCAGAAAAUGCAAGAACAGGCAAAGGAGUUGGCUUAUUUGCAAUCAGCUGAGCUUGUCACACCUUGUAGGCUUUUCCUUGUCCUUAUUGGGUCAGUAGUAAUGAUUUUACUGAUAUCACUGAGUAUAAGCAGUGAGCAGUUAAGCUACAAUUUCGACAUCAGUGAUUUUCAAGUAAACCUUACAAAGGAGCCUUAUCAUAUGAAUUACAAAAACUUGCUGCAGAAACGAGAAGAAAUGCUGUUGCAUUAUGGGUAUUCUUCAUCAGAUAAUAAAGUUGAAAAAAGGUCUGAAUUGCCACUACAAGAAUUUUGGGAUCUGUAUGAUGGGAAAUGGCCAGUAAUUGUUUCAGAUAUAGUACCAAACUGGAAAGCAUACAAGAACUGGGGCAAGGACUUCUUCUAUAAUAAUUAUGGGGCAGAUAGAAUAAUAUUUCCAGGCUGUGUUCUCACUUUAUUUUUCAUCAGGCACAGCACUGUCAACAGUGUUGGAAAUAGUAGGUACCUCCUUGGUGGUAACAUAGUUGGAAACAGUAGGUACCUCCUGGGUGGUAACAUUGUUGGAAACAGUAGGUACCUCCUUGGUGGUAACGUAGUUGGAAACAGUAGGUACCUCCUUGGUGGUAACGUAGUUUGGAAACAGUACCUCCUUGGUGGUAACAUUGUUGGAAACAGUAGGUACCUCAUCGGUGGUAACAUAGUUGAAAACAGUAGGUACCUCCUUGGUGGUAACAUAGUUGGAAACAAUAGGUACCUCCUCGGUGGUAACAUAGUUGGAAACAGUAGGUACCUCCUCGGUGGUAACAUUGUUGGAAACAGUAGGUACCUCCUCGGUGGUAACAUAGUUGGAAACAGUAGGUACCUCCUCGGUGGUAACAUAGUUUUCAUUAAAGGUAAUGCGUCUUGUCUUGGUGAUGACGGUGGCAAGGGUUUUCAGGGGCUGUGCGCCAUUGAAGGGAGGGCCAGGACUGGCAUAUUGAAGGAAGGAGUUGCACAUAUACGGGAUAUGAAAACUUUUAUUAGUCAUCUAGAGCACCCAUCUGAACCGAAUUCCUGGACAUACAUGGAGGAUGAGAUGUUCUUAAUGCUUCGGCCAGAACUAAAAAAAGAUAUUGGAAACAAUUAUAUUACGGACGAAAACUUUUUUAACUUAUUUCCCUAUGAGGUAAGGCCAUGGGACUGUAUGAUGUUAUGGGGAACGAAAUAUUCCAGAUCUACACUUCAUAUGGAUCCAUACAACUGGACAGCCAUCAGUGCUGUGAUAUGGGGCAGGAAAAAGUGGAAGCUUUUCCCACCAGGACAGGACCAAUAUCUGUAUAUACAGGCAGGAAAUAAAUGUGGUUUUCCUCUCGAAUGUAAAAAAUAUGAUAGUAUAAUAGAUGCAUUUGACCCAGACUACUGGAAAUUUCCAAAGUUCCGUAAAGCUGAGUACCUUGAAGUAGAGCAGAACAGCGGAGAAAUGUUGAUCAUACCGUCUGGAUGGUACCAUCAGGCAUACAAUGAUGAAGAGACCUUGUCCAUAUCAAUGGAGUUGAUGAACAGAAACAACUAUCUGGUUGUGUUAGAGGAAAUCAUACGAGGGAAGAAUCUAAGUCGUAAGAAACUUCCAGCCCACUUUCACACUCUUCUACCACCAGAUCAGGUGACGUUGUUCAUGUCAUUACUACCAAAGAAGAUAUUGAAACAUGGGAAAGAUGUGACAGAUGAUUUACUGAACACAGUAGAUGUAAUGAGGAAUCGAACAGCUGAUUUACAGCAACCAUUAUCUGCUGCAGGAUGAUUGUGUACAUGUUUUAUCCUUGUUUGUUGUGGGCAAAAUUCAGCUAGAGAAGAGAAAUUAUAUACAGUUAUUUUCUUAACUACUUCAUUUGCUAUUGCUGCAUUGAUUUAAGUAGAAAAAAUUAUUGUUCUGUUGUCAUGAAAAAAAUAUGUAUGUUUUUAAGAUAUCCAUCAGAUUGCCUUUUUAGAUACAGAGCCUGACUAUAAUUAUACUUGGAUUCUGAUUAGACAAUUGAUUUUAGCAGCAGAAGUGGGUACUCUCCGGCUGUCAGUUGUAAGGAAUAUUUUCGAUAAACAGUAAAUUCUAAAUUGCUAUACAUUAUUUCAAAAUAAUUAAAAUAUUGAAAAACUGUC